AUAAAUAGAUCAUUCAUUGUAUAUAUUUAAAAUAAUGGGACGACAAUCCACUGGAGAACCACAGUACUUUAGUCCCAAGAUCGAAUAUGCCGUUGUACUCGAUAAAAUGAAGGACGAGUUUAACAAGAAGUUUACUCGCAAUACACCGUCACCGACCUGUGGCCUUGAUAACUUUCUAGUUAAAGCGACCCUCGGCUCUGGCUCCUUUGGCAAGGUGCAAUUGGUCAAGGAGCUGGAAAGUGACAAUUUCUAUGCCUCCAAGCAGUUGAGCAAAGAGCAGAUAAUCAAAACCAAACAGGUCUCACAUGUGAUGAGCGAGAAGCGAGUUCUCAACUCGAUACGAUUUCCAUUCACGGUGCAUCUGAUCUCCUCGUUUAAGGAUACGGAUAGUCUCUAUUUGAUUUUACCCCUCAUUUUGGGUGGCGAAUUGUUUACCUAUCAUCGCAAAGUUCGCAAAUUUGGCGAGAAACAAGCUCGCUUCUAUGCGGCUCAAGUGUUUCUGGCUCUGGAAUAUCUGCAUCAUUGCAGCCUGCUCUAUCGCGAUCUGAAGCCCGAGAAUAUUAUGCUCGACAAGAAUGGCUAUAUUAAGGUCACCGAUUUCGGAUUUGCAAAGAAAGUGGAAACACGUACAAUGACCCUGUGCGGCACACCCGAAUAUCUGCCCCCCGAGAUUAUACAGUCGAAGCCCUACGGCACCAGCGUCGACUGGUGGGCAUUUGGUGUCCUCAUCUAUGAGUUUGUUGCCGGUCAUUCGCCGUUUUCGGCCCACAAUCGUGACGUCAUGAUCAUGUACACCAAGAUCUGUGAGGCGGACUACAAGCUACCUGGUUCAUUCAGCAGCGCCUUGCGUCAUCUCGUCGAUCAUCUGCUCCAAGUGGAUCUCUCCAAGCGCUUUGGCAAUUUGAUUGGUGGCACCAAGGACAUCAAGGAUCACGAGUGGUUCAAGGAGGUCGACUGGACAACCAUGCUAAAUCAGACGAUACAGGCACCCUAUGUGCCAACCAUCUCAAAUGCCGAAGACAUAUCCAACUUUGACAAGCAGUCCGAGGGUAAACGGAAGCCAAAAGCAAAAACCGUGCGACAUGAGGAAGCCUUUGCUGAUUUCUAGGACCAUACACACCACACAUCAUAUCAUAUUCGCAUGUCUCAUUUUGGUGAAAUAAUAAAGUUGGUAUUGUGCUGCCCUUUCAUUCUA